AUGGAUUCGCAACUAUCCAAUAACAACGAAAGCAUGAACCGCUUUAAUGACAUCAUCCAAAGUCUGCCCGCAAGAACUAGGUUGACUAUAUGCUCGUUAUGUUUGCUGGACAAUAUCUCCACUCAGCUGCUGAGGUUUCUAAUCCUUAAUGCCAACUCUCCCAAUAUUAUAGCGGUUUUGACCGAUCAGACGGCUUUCCUGAGCUCAGGCGAAACAGAAAUUUUUCAAACGCUAGUUAAACUUUUCAAGCAAAUCAGAAUGAUUUAUCAUACCAGGUCGCCCUUGCUGUCUGUUCAUGACGUUGCGCCUGGUCUAUGGUUCCCUAAUUCUCCCCCACCUCUCAUAUUGAGAGGCCAUGAGCCCUUUAUUAUUACUGCCAUAAGAAAGGCCAAUCUGCUGACAUUUCUUUUGACAUCGCUAAACUGCCUCAAUUACGGAUUCGAGUUGCUACAGUCGAUAUUUCUUGAUAUUUUCUGUCCGAACACAAAUACCGUGGGCAAUAAUUCCUUGGAGCAAAGUGGAAAGUUUUUGAAAUCGCAAGCCAUCUUGUACCUUGAUUUGAAAACGCAGGCUUACAUUGCCGGCUUGAAAGACUUCCAGGACGAGGCAAACGAGGUUUCGGCGGAGAAAAAACAGGAACUUUUGGAUCUGAUCUUCCCAUCCAACCUGGCUGAUAUACUCGUGCAGAGAAGGACCGGCGAUUCUGGAGACAUUACACUUUUGACUCCGUCAGAGAAAGAUUUUGUCGAGAGGUGUGAUCGUCGUAGAGAAAAUUUGAAGAUUGUUCAGGAUUUUAAUUCUUUAACCCAAAGCUAUGAAUGGUCUCAGUUUAUUAGAGAAUUGCUAGAUUAUUGUAAUAAAAAUAUGGGCCUUAUCAUAUGGGGCAGAAAAGGUCGUGGAAAAUCGCCAUUAUACGACUUUGAUGCGAACGAGUUUGAUCCCCAAGUACUCUUCUCUACUGGGACCAGAACUUUAGAAUUCAUGGACGAUCAAAACCAGUCGAACAGUACGUCUGCGUUUUUAACAUCUUCUCGCCCAAGUCACUAUAAUAUUCAACCGGCUUCCACAGGUGCCUCUACUAAAAAUCCAGCCAUCACACAAUCCAUUGUAGAUGCCGCUGUUGCAGCUUCUAUGAGCAACAGCAGUGCUGGCCCUCAUUCUGCUCAUAACAGCAACAAUAGCGGUAACAAUACUGGCAGUAUUGGGCUAAGAAAACCUAAGGCAAAACGAACUUGGUCUAAGGAAGAAGAAGAAGCGCUAGUAGAAGGUCUUAAAGAAGUUGGCCCAUCGUGGUCCAAGAUCCUGGAUUUAUAUGGCCCCGGUGGUAAAAUUACUGAGAACCUGAAAAACAGAACGCAAGUUCAAUUAAAAGAUAAAGCCCGUAAUUGGAAAUUGCAAUACUUGAAGAGUGGUAAACCCUUACCUGAUUACUUGAUAAAAGUGACUGGUAACUUGGAAAAAAUUUAUAAAACAAAAAAAAAAUUCUCACAAUCUCCAAAUUCAUCGGCUAUUUUGGAACAAAAUUUAUCGCAACAUCCCUCAUCGGCUGCAUCAACUAAUAAUGAAGAUGGUCAGACGCAUCAGGAGGAUUCGCAUGGUCAAAAUAAUGAUAAUAUGCCUUCUAACGGGCUUUUUGGCAAUAGUACCUCGGAUAACACAGGAUUUGACCCUCAUUUAGAAGACGGAAUGUAA